AUGGGGGUACAAAACGGACAGGAGAAGGAACCAAUAUUAACCUGUGAUAAUCAAAAUCAAAUCAUCAAUUUAUCCAAAUUCAAUUUAAAUGAACAUCAUACCUCAUUGCUCAAUAAAGGUCUAUCAUUUGUACCAACUCCUAAUACCAAUAAAUUCAACUGGGUUAAAGAUACGAACCUUUUUGGCCGCAAAUUAGCCCUUAAUGUGAUACAUAAAAGAAGGGACCAAAAAACAGCCAAAGAAAUAGGUAUGUCUUAUGAAGAUUUUCAAACUCACCAAAUGCUCGUUUUCCUAUUAGACGAACAAAAUCCUGAUUUCAAAUUAACAGAUUUGAAACCUGAAAGUUGGUUUACCCCCAACCUAAGCAAGGUAUCCAGUGUAGAUCUGUUCAUUCAAAUGACCACUUCUGCAAUCGAAUCUCUUACCACUUCUGAAGUUCUACAUGACAAUCUUACUGCACAACAACGCAAAGCAUUAAAAGAACUAAAUACGGACCGAAAUAUCAUUAUAAAACCUUCUGAUAAAGGUGGCAACGUGGUCAUAAUGGACAGAGAUCACUAUAUUGAUAUGUGUAUGGAACAUCUAAAAGACACAUCAGCAUACAGAAAAUUAACCAUGGAUCCCACUACACUCUACCUUAGUGAGCUUAAACACAUUUUGGAUGCUGCACUAGAAAACUAUAUUAUAACCAGUGACGAGCAUUAA